AUGAGCUCCAUGCAGUCAGACUCCUCCGCAAAUGUGACCUUUGUUCGUCCUGUAACAUUUUUCAUCAGUGGCUUUUUUAAUAUCCCACAUGCAAAAUACUACUAUGUGUUCUUGUCUUUAGUGUAUGUUGUGACUGUUUUAGGGAAUUCAUUUAUCAUGUGUAUCAUUUAUUUGGCCCGCAGACUUCACACAGCCAAAUACAUUGCUGUUUUCCAUCUGGCGCUUUCUGAUCUGUGUGGAAGCUCAGCUUUGAUUCCAAAACUCAUAGACAUAUUUUUAUUCGAGCACCAGGACAUUUCAUAUGAAGCAUGUUUGGCAAAUAUGUUUUUUGUAUUUCAUUUCAUGAAUCUGCAGUCUUUGACACUACUUGUUUUGGCUUAUGACAGACUGGUUGCUAUUUGUUUUCCUCUACAGUAUCAUACCAUUGUAACCAAACCAGCCAUGUUUCUGAUCAUAGGGGUGAUGUGGAUUUUUUCUGUCACUUUUAUUGCUUCAAUGGUGAGUUUGAUCACAAGACUCUCUAUUUGUAGAUCUAAUGUAGUCAAUAGUUAUUUUUGUGAUCAUGGCCCUAUUUAUAGACUAGCUUGUAAUGAUAAUACCAGUAAUAUUAUCAUGGCAAAUAUUUGCUUUGGUCUCCUUGUAUGUAUGCCACUGAUAUUGAUAAUCGUUUCAUAUUUCUGCAUCGCUUCAGUUUUGCUUAAGAUUGCUCAGGGUGCUGACCGGAUCAAAGCCAUGAAAACCUGCACCUCACAUUUCAUGUUGGUGGUAAUUUUGUAUGUGCCACUUUUAGGUAUUAAUAUUGCAGCUUUAGCAACUUUUAUCCAUCCAAACGCGAGAAUAAUUAACAAUUCUCUGACACAAACAAUACCUCCUAUGCUGAAUCCCAUCAUAUACACUCUAAAGACAGAGGAGGUCAUGCAGUCCAUAAAAGAACUGUACAAACGCAACAAGGUGAACACAAUAGGCUACUACAGAGCAAAAGGUUAA